CAGUCCUAGUCGAAUGGCCAAAGUAGAAAAACGUUACUGACACUAAUUCACAAAUUAUGCAAUAUCCAGGAGUAUUUGCAAAUAUUUGGUCGGGAAUAAGUUACAAAGUAGGCUAAUGAUUACUUAAUUUAAUAACCGAGCCAAACUCGAACUGCAAGAUAUUUCUACCGCUGCCCUGUAACGCUAUUGGACUGCUGCAGCCCAGUUGUGAUCACAUGGCAUCUUCCAUAAACAUACUUCCUGGUUUCUCUAACUAGAGGUGAAUAGUUCAGAAAUGUUUCGAGUGUUUUAGUACAGAAAAUGAAGUGUGCAUGGAUCCUGCUGCUGGGUCAGAUAUUUGUGGGGGCUUGGAGUUUAUCCAGAGAGGGAAAAGGGCCCAACUUUGUUCUCAUGAUGGUGGAUGACCUGGGAAUUGGAGACUUAGGAUGCUAUGGGAACACAACUCUAAAGACACCUAACAUUGACCGGUUGGCCCAGGAGGGGGUGAAGCUGACCCAGCACAUCGCCGCUGCACCCCUGUGUACCCCGAGCAGAGCUGCCUUCCUUACCGGGCGCUAUGCUAUCAGAUCAGGCAUGGCCAGCCAUGGGACUGUGGGCGUGUACAUCGUGUCGGCUGCAUCCGGGGGUCUCCCGACGCAGGAAGUUACAUUCGCUCAACUUGCGAACCAGCAAGGCUAUGCCACAUCCCUCAUAGGCAAGUGGCACCUGGGCCUGAACUGUGAACGAAGCGAUGACUUCUGCCACCAUCCCAACCACCAUGGCUUUGACCACUUCUACGGCAUCACCGUCACCAACCUGCGGGACUGCCAGCCCGGCCACGGCUCCGUCCUGUACCAGGUCUCCCAGCACAUCCCCUAUGGUAGCAUUGCAGUCGCCGCGGCGACCGCAGCCAUCCUGCAUGCCCUGGGGGUCAUUUCGGUGACUCGGAAGAUGCUGCUGUACUUGCCCCUGCUUGCAGCUGUGUCCCUGGCUCUCUUUGCUGCUGUUGUUUUCAUGUUCCCGUAUGUAAACUGCUUCCUAAUGAGGAACCAGGAGAUCGUGGAGCAGCCCUUUUUAUCUGAAAACCUAACCCAAAGGAUGACUCGCGAAGCUGUACAGUUUUUGCAGAGGAACUCGGAGAGACCAUUCCUGCUGUUCUUCUCCUUCGUCCAAGUGCACACGGCACUCUUUGCAUCUGCAGACUUCCGGGGCAGGAGCCGACAUGGUCUCUAUGGCGACGCGGUGGAGGAAGUGGACUGGAGUGUGGGAAAGCUGAUGGAGACCUUGGACUCUCUGGGCCUCAGUGAGAACACUGUGGUCUACCUAACCUCUGAUCACGGAGCACACCUGGAGGAGAUCUCCAUCAAAGGGGAAGUGCACAGGGGCUGGAACGGCAUCUACAAAGCUGGGAAAUCCACCAACUGGGAGGGAGGGAUUAGGGUUCCAGGAAUCCUUCGAUGGAGUGGUGUGUUACCUGGUAACAAGAGCAUCGAUGAACCCACUAGCAAUAUGGACAUAUUCCCUACUGUUGCAAAGUUGUCAGGAGCAGUAAUACCUGAAGACAGGGAGAUUGACGGGCAUGACCUCAUGCCCCUCCUGCUGGGAGAAGUUGAGCGUUCUGAGCACGAGUUUCUCUUCCACUACUGCAACGCCUAUCUGAACGCUGUGAGGUGGCGACCUCCAAACAGUACUUCCAUAUGGAAGGCCUUUUUCUUCACUCCGGAUUUUUCCCCGGAAAAUUCAACGACCUGUUUCCGAACGCACGUGUGUUUUUGCACGGGGGAGUACGUGACGUACCAUGACCCUCCCUUGCUGUUCGACCUGUCGAGAGACCCGUCGGAGGCCACGCCCGUGACUGCGCGGGAUGAGCCGGACUUCCACGCCAUCCUGGAUGCCAUGCGUGAGGCGGCGAGCCGCCACGCCCGCUCGCUGAGGCCCGUGCCCGACCAGAUGUCCCUGGGGAACAUGCUGUGGAAGCCCUGGCUGCAGCCGUGCUGUUCCACCCUAUCCCAGCUCUGCGCGUGCAACAGGGACGACUCCAACGGCUAGCCUGCCCCCACCUGCUCCAGAGCCACAGCCCUGCUUCAGCCAAAGGGGCUAAUGCCAUGCUGCAGCAUCUCUGUUUGUAUAGCUGCACUUCGCUCGCUGAUGAUAGACAUGUUGGGCCUCGUUCGCGAAACAUGUCUGCGAUCACAUUUCAUCGUAAACUGUGCGUAAAAUGGGUUUUUAAUUUUUAAUUAUUUUUAUUUAUUUAUUUUAUUUUUUUGCAUAGGAUUACAAAUUAGUAGUUGCCUACUUUGGUCAGCUGGAUGGAAUAAGAGUAGUUUGGUAAAGCUCUGGCUAUUAAAUGAGUGAAUAAAAUCAAAUGCUUUUUUGUGAAAUAGGCUAAUUUACAAAACAGUCUCACAGUUCUGUGGCAUUCUGUGUCCAUGUGUAAAUUCAGCUUUUUCUCCAAGAUUCCAUGAUUCUGUCUGUGAUUUCCACAAAACUCAGUCCCAACUUGUGAAAGUUUGUAGUGCUGGAUUAGUAUGAUUGACAGCUAUGGGUGUGCAACAUGUACUUAGGAGAACCUCCCUAGAGUUAUUUGAUUGAUGGGCAUCCAGCCUUUGGAUUUUUGCAUUAUUCCACUUUCAUAUGCAAGCUAUAAAUGCCUGUGCUGGGAAUGUACUAUUAAGGCAAUUCAUUGAAACGUCAGUAAUAAAGUGCCAAAUGCA